UUGGUUUGGCUACACUGUGCACACAUGUGCGCUGGAACAAACUUCGUAGUUGGGUAACAUUUAAGUUGGACAAAACAUUAAAACAAAGAGAUGUCAGUGCGUGCGAUGGGAGUACUGGGCCAGGCGUGCCGCCUCGGUCGCUGUGCCCAAGUGUUGAGGCAGAGUCACCGAUCCGCCCCAGCAGCGUUCAAUAUCGCCCUUGGAUCGCAGCAUUCGCCGGGUGCUCUCUCGCUCCGUCGCUACUCCACUGAAACCAAGCAGGCAUCGGGGACAGUGGUGGACAAGCAUGAGUUCCAGGCAGAGACGCGCCAGCUACUGGACAUUGUGGCUCGUUCCUUAUACUCCGACCACGAGGUCUUUGUGCGCGAGCUUAUUUCGAAUGCAAGCGAUGCGCUAGAGAAAUUUCGGUACACCUCGUUGAGUGCUGGAGGCGAGAAUCUGGCUGGAAAGGACCGUCCUCUGGAGAUUCGUAUCACCACCGACAAGCCACUGAUGCAGCUAAUCAUCCAGGACACGGGCAUCGGCAUGACCAAGGAGGAGCUGGUCAGUAACCUGGGCACUAUCGCACGCAGCGGAUCAAAGAAGUUCCUGGAGCAGAUGAAGGAGACCCAGCAGGGAGCCAGCUCGGAGGCAUCCUCGAACAUUAUUGGUCAGUUCGGCGUGGGCUUUUACUCUUCCUUCAUUGUCGCCAACAAGGUAGAGGUGUUCACGAGGGCGGCUGUGCCUGAUGCUCCCGGACUGCGUUGGUCCACGGAUGGCAGUGGAACCUACGAGAUCGAGGAGGUGCCUGACGUUGAGUUGGGAACGCGAAUCGUGCUUCAUUUAAAGACCGAUUGCCGUGAAUAUGCGGACGAAGAGAGGAUCAAGGCGGUGAUCAAGAAAUACAGCAACUUUGUUGGCUCACCCAUCUUGCUAAACGGAAAGCAGGCCAAUGAGAUCAAGCCUCUGUGGCUUCUUGAGCCUCAAAGCAUCAGCAAGGAGCAGCACCAUGACUUCUAUCGGUUCAUUAGCAAUAGCUUUGAUGUCCCGCGCUUCACCCUACACUACAAUGCUGACGUACCCUUGAGCAUCCAUGCGCUGCUGUACUUCCCCGAGGGAAAGCCUGGUUUGUUCGAGAUGUCUCGGGACGGAAACACCGGUGUGGCUCUCUACACCCGCAAGGUGCUUAUUCAAUCCAAGACAGAGCAUCUGCUGCCCAAGUGGCUGCGCUUUGUAAAGGGUGUUGUCGACUCUGAGGACAUUCCACUCAACCUGAGUCGCGAGCUGCUCCAGAACAGCAGCCUGAUUCGCAAACUGUCCAGUGUGAUUUCCACCCGCGUGAUCCGUUUCCUCCAAGAGCGCUCCAAGAAGCAGCCAGAGGAGUACGAGGCCUUCUACCGCGACUAUGGGCUCUUCCUGAAGGAGGGAAUUGUAACAUCCAGCGACGCCUCCGAAAAAGAAGAAAUCGCUAAACUUCUGCGUUUCGAAUCCUCCAAGUCGGAGACCGCCAGUGGGCGCAUGUCGCUGGAGGAGUACUACAACGCCGUUCCCGCAGAACAGCAGAAUAUUUACUACUUAGCAGCACCCAACCGCGUUCUUGCCGAGUCCUCGCCCUACUACGAGAGUCUGAAGAAGCGCAACGAGCUGGUGCUCUUCUGUUACGAACCCUAUGAUGAGCUGGUGCUCAUGCAGCUGGGCAAGUUCAAAAGCAAAAAACUCGUAUCCGUGGAGAAGGAGAUGCGCGAAGAGUCCAAGGAGACAACAACGACCGCCGACUUUGGCGAGGGCAGUCUGCUGCGCUCAGAGCUCGACGCUUUGAUUCCUUGGUUGGAGGAGGAGCUCAAGGGGCAGGUUAUUAAAGUAAAAGCCACCACUCGUCUAGACACCCAUCCCUGUGUAAUCACUGUUGAGGAAAUGGCUGCCGCUCGCCACUUUAUUCGCACCCAGAGUCACCAGGUCCCAGAACAGAAUCGAUUUGCCCUGCUUCAACCAGAACUGGAGAUAAACCCAAAGCACCCCAUCAUCAAGAAGCUUAACAAGCUCCGUGAGAGCGACAAGGAUCUGGCCCAACUUAUCGCCAAGCAGCUCUUCGCAAACGCAAUGGUGGGUGCCGGUUUGGCUGAGGAUCCCCGCAUGCUGCUAACCAACAUGAACACUCUGCUUUCGCGGGCCCUGGAGAAAUACUAGAGUGCGCCGUAAAAGGAACAGUGUAGAUCUACCGACUAUGUAAUAUUAAUUUCUAUAAUUAAUUUGAUAAAACGUGUUGAAAUAGUUUUAAAUA